UAAAUCCUCAAACUACUAUAGUUGAUGUAUGUUCCCGUAGCCUAGAGUCUCAUUAUAAACCAAACUAAAUCAAGUUAUAUCCCGUGUGAACUCCACCAUGUCGAAUCAAAGCGUUGACCCCUAUCAACACCUUGGAUUCAUCCGCAACCCCGACGGCACCUUCACGCGAUUAAACAAAGCCGUUCCGCGCACCGAGGCCUCUUCGGAUCCCUCUCUUCCCAUUCCAGUUCUGACGAAAGACCUAACCAUGAACCAAAGAAACAACACCUGGCUUCGCCUAUUCCUGCCCCGAAUAGCACUCUCCUCUUCCAACAAGCUUCCUCUCAUUAUUUUCUUUCACGGUAGCGGCUUCGUGGAGCUGAGUGCGGCUACGCCCAUGUUCCAUGAUUUCUGCGUCCAAAUGGCCAACGCCGCCGAGGCCGUCGUGGCCUCCAUCGACUUCCGACUAAAGUGUCAUGAUACUUUCUUCUCUGCAGGCCUACGUGCAACUGAAGAGGUGAAUGAUCUUGAGCCACUGAAGAUCCAAGGGUUGAUAUUGCGUCAACCAUUCUUUGGUGGAACGCAGAGGAGCGAGUCAGAGUUAAGACUCGAGAAUAAUCCAGUAAUUCCAUUGUGUGUUACCGAUUUGAUGUGGGAGUUGGCACUACCAAUUGGUGCUGAUCGUGACCAUGAAUAUUGCAAUCCAUGGUCAGGGAAUGGGGUUCAGAAAUUUGAUAAACUGAAGGAGCUUGGGUGGAGGGUAUUGGUGAGUGGAAAUGGUGAAGACCUGCUUGUGGAUCGUGAGAUAGAGCUAGCACAAUUGAUGGAAGAAAAAGGGGUGCGAGUGGUGAAGGACUUUGUAGAAGAUGGGUCUCAUGGAGUUGAAAUUUUUUACCCAUCCGAAGCAAACAAAUUCAUUGCCUUAGUCAAAGAUUUCAUUUACAUGAUUAGUGCUUAGUAAAAAUUGUUAGUGUCAUAACAUGUUACUUUGGAGGAAGAUAUUAUUGUUGAUAAACUUUUAUUUAUUAUUAAUUGUUUAAGACACUUUAUAUUUUUAUUAAAAAUAAAUUUAAAAUUAAAGUUAA